UUAGUUUCCAAGAAGAGCAUCGGUGCAUAAGUUAACAAAAGACAAUUGCGUCGAGUCUUUUCCAGAGAAUUAUUGUAAAUAACAAGAUUUAUAAGAAGGAAAAAAUAUUGUAAAUCGUUGAUCGUAUCAGAAGAAUUAACAGAGACAAUUAGCUUCCAUCAGAGGUUGACGAAGAGCUUAAUGGCUACCGUAGAUUACAGCGUCGUUAUUACAAUAUUCACCGGUUACAACUCUUCCUUAUUUUCCAAGAAAAGACACCGUAGUGUGGAUCAGAGAGUACACGAGAUUUUAUGAACACAACGAGGAACGUGAUACAGCAGGGCCAAUUCUCGAUUUUAUGACCACUACAGGUUGCAAAUUGCUAUCCAAAACAUGGCUACAGAGGGAGAACCAGCGGUACCAGGCACCCCUUGGUACACCAAGUUCUUCGAGUAUUGGAGGAACAGGAAUCGAGUGGGUCCGGGCAGAGUAGAGCUUCCAGACUGCGACUUUUUUAUCGUGGGACCUCGACGUACCCUGAGAAUCGUGAAACCUACCCUGAAGAGCGGUUGGUAUUACGAGAACACCAGCGAGAGACCCGAGUCGAUAAUAGACAAUUUCUUCACUCGCUGGGCCAGGAGGCCCCACUCUUCCGGGAACUGCAGGUGCUCGUUUAGGCAGUCGAGACGUCUCAGCACCGCUGAGGAGCAGAUCAUCUCCGCGGAGCUGAACAGAAUCAGGACGAGCCUCUGCGAGGCGGAGAAGAACGAGUCCGCCAUCGAGGAGCUCGAGCAGAAGGUCUCGGUGAACUUGCAGAAGCUCCAAGUCCCAGAGAUCCAACAGACGAAAGAGAAAGCGGAGGAGAGUACCACGAAGGACGAGCAAACGAUCAAGAACAAGAUCGUGAAGGACUUGGAGAAGUAUAUCAACGUGCUCCUGGAGGAGAUACUAGACGACACCGUGAAGUACAUCGCAGGAGCUGAGGACACUCUUACGAAGGAUGCAAAGGACUCCAAAAAGAGGAGAGAUAAGGCCAACGAGAAGUCGUUCGACAUCAGCUUCUCGUUCCGUCCGGACAGGAACGAGAAGGAGUCCGUGAGCAACGAGGGAUACGUGAACCGUGGGUUCAUGGGGUCGACGAACGAUCCGGAUUCCCUGGACUUUUACUUGAGACGGUCGGUGGGCACGGAGGUCACCUUGGAGCAGUUGGACUGCAUAGAUUCGGGGAUCAACAGCGUGGAGACGAUAGAGUUCCAGCCGGACCAGGAGCCUAGCUUGGAGCAGUCGUUGCUGAAGAUCAUCGACGAGAAGCUGGGUAGAACGCCUCUGAGCAACAGUUGGGAGGACCAGACAAAGGUGGAUCCGAGAAGCGAGGAAGCUACGGAGGGAUCGGAGGUCACCGGUGAGAAUGACGCGGAAAGCAGCGAGGCGACGGAUAAUCUCGAGGGUAGAGUGGCCGCGGUGGAUCUGAAGGACCUGGAGGAAAUUGUUAACGAGCCCAGUUUCGAGAAUCUGCGGCUGGAAUUCAAGGACGACAGGUCGCCCUUGAGGCCCAAGAAGGGCAAAGCGAUGUCGAGGCUGAAGAGGAAACUGUGCACGAACCCAGCCGUGUCGGAGGAGUCUUUGGAGAAGAGCAGCUGGAACGAGAAGAUGGGUACGUUCCAGUCCAGGAAGGAGACCACGUCUAUCGAGCUGGAGGAUUACAGGAAGAUGUGGCCAGUCGAGGACACCACAACUGAACAGAGUCCUGGCGAUACUGUCACGUUUAGGAGGAACAGGAAACCGAUGAUAGUCUUUCUCCAUGGUUUUGGAUCAUCCGCGGAGAUCUUCGACCAUCAGUUGGAGUAUUUCUCUGCUCUGGGCUAUCCUUGCAUCGCGCCAGACAUCCUGGGGCAUGGCAUGAGCUCUGCACCUGGCCGAUCCAGGGAUUAUCACUUCAACAAGCUGCUGAAGGAUCUGGACUCUGUUCUGUGCCAUUACGCGUUCAAGCCUGGACAGAAGUGUGUCUUGGUGGCGCACAAUUAUGGAUGCAGCUUUGCAACAGCCUUGGCUUGCAAGUACGACAGCAGUGUGCACCAGCUAGUCUUGAUAUCCGGAGGUGGACCAACGCCCUUAGCAGCGCCCAGCACGGAAAGCACUGGCCACUGUUGCCUGAGAGCGAUACUAACGCCUUUUUUGAUGUGUGGCCUUCACAGAGACAUGUUGUACUCGGCGAGGGGCCGCCAACACCCUUACUGCGGCCCUGAGCCGCCGGAACAAUGGCCCUCGCACAUGAAAUACGUUUUGGACGGCAUGGUGUGGCCGGAAGGAGACUACGUGUUCCAUAGAAGGAUAUGCACGCCGACGCUUCUUAUACACGGCCUAAGGGACAACAAAGUGUCGCUCGUGCAGGAAUGCCAAAUGGAAAGGACAAUGUUGAAAGCUUUCCUGGAAGCGAUCCCAGCUGCCGGCCAUACGCCAAUGACUGAUUGCCCGGAGCAAGUGAAUCACAUGAUACACUGUUUUAUAGACUUGUGGAAAAACAAGAAAUGGUAGCGGUAACAUACGUACGUUAUUACACAAUAAGAUUACAUUUAAAUCAAGUUCUUCGUACGGG